CUCCUCAGUCGGAAGUUCCAGCGCACCAGUAACAGUGAACGCGUCGCAAGUUAAACCAGGUUUAGUGUAAACAGCCACAACAUGGACGACGACGUGUUAACGACUCUAAAGAUUUUAAUAAUCGGAGAGAGUGGUGUCGGUAAAUCAAGUUUGCUCCUGCGCUUCACCGAUGACACCUUCGACCCAGAAUUAGCAGCAACCAUUGGUGUGGACUUUAAAGUGAAAACUAUCUCAAUAGAUGGCAACAGAGCAAAGCUGGCCAUAUGGGACACUGCGGGUCAGGAGAGGUUCAGAACUCUAACGCCAAGCUACUACAGAGGAGCCCAGGGGGUCAUUUUGGUGUAUGAUGUUACUAGGCGGGACACAUUCACAAGGCUUGAGAACUGGCUCAACGAGCUGGAGACAUAUUGUACACGCAAUGACCUGGUUAAAAUGCUAGUGGGGAACAAAAUUGACAAGGACAACCGUGAAGUAGACCGGAAUGAAGGCUUGAAGUUCGCACGGAAACACUCUAUGCUCUUUAUCGAGGCUAGCGCAAAGACACGGGACGGAGUCCAGUGCGCGUUUGAAGAGCUGGUGGAGAAGAUCCUGCAGACGCCAGGACUCUGGGAGAGCAGCCUCCAGAACCACGGGGUCGUGCUGUCCGAUCACGAGCAGCAGCGUCAGGGUGCCUGCGGGGGAUACUGCUCUCUGGUUUAACACACACACACCACCACAAACUGAGAUUCUUCAGAAGGAGAGCUUCCUCUGAGGGGGAACGGUCUGCUCCCUUAGGGCUGGUCAAAGGGACCUUUGCAGUUUGCACACUCUCCGUCUCACAGUUUGUCGUUGAGUCCCAGUAUUCCGUCAUGUUAUUGCAUCUCUAUGUAAACCGUUUAUGUAAAAGAAGUCCUGUGGAAGGUUACAACCUGAGCAUGUUGAAGUAGGCCAGAUUUUGAGGACAGUCAUGCUUCCCCCUCAAUGGGAGCACCAUCUUUGACCUGAUGUGUGUUGGCCAAUGGGGCCGAGAACGGCAGGAUCUGACUCAACAUGAGUCAUCAAAUGUACUUUGUACCUGUACUACAUUUCAUCUGCUUAUUGCUCAUCAUAUUCUCUGCUGUCUCAUUUUAAUCCCUUGCUUUUUAUUUAAAUUCACAUUCUUUAUCCCAUAUUAGUAUUUUUUGUAGUAAUGUUACUUAACAUAAUUCUACCUUUUUGAAGAGUUCUUUUGUAAAUAAUGCGUCUUUAGCAGCUGUUCUGAAGCCUAAUUCACACGAUUGUCAAUGAAAUGCUGUUUAUCUGCAGGUCUCGUGAGUUGAGAUACAUUAAGCAUGUUUAAAUAAUGUAAUAUAUGAUGACUUUUGUCUGAAUAACAUAUGGGAUGAUCCAUUUUACUUCACCGUGUUUUACUCUGACUCAUUUCUUUCUUUUGUAGAUUAAUGUGAACGGAUACCAAAAAGAACACUGUUCGUGUUUGUUUUUUAAUCACAAAUCCUUCCUGUUACUCGUUCUUGAUUUGAUUCACAUAUGGACUCGAUUCGUGGGAGGAAUUGCUUAUGCCUUAAUAUUUAUUCGAUCUGCAUGUUUAACGUGAACUACACUACUGGCUUUCACUAUGAUUCUGUAGAGAGAGUGUUAUUGUAGCCAGGGAAUGGUCAAAUUGGUCAAUUAAUUUAAUUAUAAACAUACCUUGGUCAAAAGGCUUAA